CAAACGUCACUCAACCGUCAACACUGAACUUCAUUAGCAUUAGAACUUUUUCAAUUUUAUAGAAGUAAAAAUGGCAGAUCCCGAGUUGAAUGUUGAUAGUCUUAUUCAGCGAUUAUUAGAAGUUCGAGGAUGUCGACCAGGAAAAUCGGUUCACAUGACGGAAGCAGAGGUGAGAGGCCUCUGCUUAAAAUCAAGGGAAAUAUUCCUGCAGCAGCCCAUAUUGCUGGAACUUGAGGCUCCGUUGAAAAUCUGCGGCGAUAUCCAUGGGCAAUACACAGAUCUGCUGAGGUUAUUUGAAUACGGCGGUUUCCCGCCGGAGGCAAACUACUUAUUCUUAGGGGACUACGUUGACCGCGGCAAACAGUCCCUCGAAACCAUUUGUCUGCUCUUGGCGUAUAAAAUCAAAUAUCCGGAAAACUUCUUUUUGCUAAGGGGCAACCACGAGUGCGCCUCGAUCAAUAGGAUAUACGGUUUCUACGACGAGUGCAAGAGAAGGUACAACAUUAAACUGUGGAAAACCUUCACCGACUGUUUCAACUGUCUACCGAUUGCCGCGAUUAUCGAUGAGAAGAUCUUCUGUUGUCACGGCGGACUCAGUCCCGAUUUACAAGGAAUGGAACAAAUUCGGCGCAUUAUGAGGCCCACUGAUGUUCCAGAUACCGGUCUAUUGUGUGACUUACUGUGGUCAGAUCCGGACAAGGACGUACAGGGUUGGGGCGAAAACGAUCGCGGUGUUUCAUUUACUUUCGGUGCGGACGUGGUGAGCAAGUUUCUCAAUCGGCACGAUCUCGAUCUGAUUUGCCGCGCGCAUCAAGUCGUCGAGGACGGCUACGAGUUCUUCGCUAAAAGACAACUCGUCACCCUCUUUUCGGCACCGAAUUACUGCGGCGAGUUCGAUAAUGCCGGUGGGAUGAUGAGCGUCGACGAGACGUUAAUGUGCUCUUUCCAGAUUUUAAAACCGUCGGAAAAGAAAGCGAAGUACCAGUACCAAGGGGUGAACUCGGGCAGGCCCUCAACACCGCAAAGAAAUCCGACGACCAAGAAGAAAUAAGUCAUCCCACCAAACAGCAGCGGAUAUAAAUAAAUAUUUAUAUAAUGUAACAUUAUUUUCAUUUUUACUCUACACUAUAAAACCGCAUUUUUAACCAGUGUAUUAUCUAUCUUUCACCAUAAUACGACUAUAAAAGUCAGUCCUUCAAAUUUUUGCGAUAGUAUUAUUUUUUUGAUUUUAGUUCGUAGGUUUUUCUUUUUUGACUGAUUUUUUGUUUGUUUUUGUUCGUGACUGGCCACUAUAACCCGUUUAUUACUUUCUUUGUUGUUGUUUCGUUUUAAUUGUUGUAAAUAACUUGGUGAUGGCAGCCAACUUAUUCAGCUUUACUAGAGGGGCAUAAAUCAUCCUGUUAUUACGAUUGGCCAAAGAAUUCCUGACCCCUUUUUUCAUUUGAUUUGCAACCAUUUUAUCGCUGCUUAGUAAGUGCAUUUUAUGUUUGGCCCUAGAGAGAGAGAGGGAGAGAGAGCAUUUAGAAAAUACGUUGUUUUAUAGUUUUAUAUGACUAGCAUCUAAGAAACCACAAUCUUAUGCAAACCGCCUUGUUAAUGCGACCUUUUUAUGAAAUGCACCUACAUAAAUGGUUUUUUAAAUUUACGUAAAAGAAAACGAACAGGUAGUUCUUUGUCGAAGUUAAAUUUGAAUGCGUCGCAUGUAUUUACUUUAACGCCUGUUUCUUUAAUGUUUAAACGUAACUGUUAGAUAUAGUUUAUAGGAGAGCUAUUUAAAAAUAUAUAUAUAUUAAUAUGAAAA